AUGUCUGCAGAGAAAGGCGAUUCUAGGGUUUCGGAGGCGCAAGUCCACAAUGCUCACAUGGAGGACGUUGGAGAGAAGGGACGACCUCCCGGGGAGCCACCAGAUGCACCGGGUUCGUGGGCGCAGAAAGUAGCAGGAGGCACGACAGGAGGUAUGCUGGUUCCGGAGGAUGUAGUGGAUGACGCGUUUGUUGAAGCACGACUCCACCUAGAGUUUCCAGAUGGGGAUGAUAGGGAGCCGGUGGUAACAAUUGGGGAGGAGGUCUUGACGGCGAUGAAUGGCUUAUGGAAGAAGUGUAUGAUUGUGAAGGUUUUGGGACGUGGUGUGUCGAUUUCGGUGAUGAGUAGGAAGUUACGGGAGAUGUGGAGACCUAAGGGAGCGAUGUAUGUCUUAGAUCUACCUCGACAAUUUUACAUGAUCCGCUUCGAGUUGGAGGAGGAGUAUAUGGCUGCCCUAACGGGAGGGCCAUGGAGGGUAUUUGGCAGUUAUCUCAUGACGCAUGCCUGGUCACCUGACUUUGACCCGUUGAGAAGUGAAAUUGAGACCACGCCGGUGUGGGUGAGGAUCUCGAACCUUCCGGUGAACUUUUAUCACAAGUCCAUAUUGAUGGGAAUUGCAAAAGGACUCGGGAAGCCGGGCACAAUUUUGAUCAAUGGGGAGAGGUACUUUGUCUCCUAUGAAGGACUUCCAAAUAUUUGCUCCUUGUGUGGAAUCUAUGGACAUUUGGUCCAUUCAUGUCCGAAGAGAGCACAGGAGGUUGGCACGGUGGUGGGAACGCAAGGCAGCCCGGCUAAUGCUAGCGAGAAGGAAAUGCCAGUAAUGGAGGACGGAUUCACGCAGGUUCGGCGUGGACGGAGACAGCCGAUAGAGAAUGUGUCUCCGGCGGUGACGGAUAGACAAGCACGUGAGUUAAGGAAAGGAAGUGAUACCCAUAAUAUCUUGCUCAACAACAGAUUUGGAAAUCUUGAGGAAAACAAGAGUGUGGAGCAAGGAACGCAAAUCGUCUUUGGAGCUGGGAUGGGCCACGGCCCACUCUCGAAUCGAAUGAUGCAGAAGGGGAGAAAGAUUGGGAGUGGCAAAGUGGGUGAUAUGGGCCGAGUAAGAAAAGCGAAUAGUGGUAGGCCCACUAAAGGUUUAGUGUUUGGCCCGACAAGUGGAGAACACGAGUUUCCGGUGGGUGGAAAGUGCCCUCGUGUCGAGACCUCGGGCGGUCCGUCGGAAAGAUUCGUGGUGACAGAGAGACCUGAGAAGCAGGGAACUGACAGUGUGAAUCAGGAUCGUGAUGGGGUCUUGGCGGAAUCUACGGUGGAUCAGACGAUGGAGAGCGCAAGUGCGGCAAUGGCUGCUUCAGAGACUUUAUCGGAAGCAUCGAUUAUGCGGAAUGGAGCUUGA